AUGAUCGUCAUAAAACUGCUCAUUUGGCUUUUGCAAGGGUGCAGAAUAGUCCAAACAGCAGGUGUGGCGGUUCAUUUGACGCUCUUGGCGCGAACAGGUGUCCCAAGCGGGCUUCAACCCUACCUUGCAGAACUAAAAGCAGGAACCUUCUUUCCUGACGCUUUUUACAGCUGUACGACCAACCAAAAAUGGCAGGAAUUUUCUGAAUGGGCGCAUUGGCCGCCUUUUUUGAUUCUGGGAGCCCAAAUAUGGCGAGAGCGCUACGAGAAUAAUAAAAAUUGCGAAAACGCACUGAAGCUGAAAGCAUUUCUACUGGGUGUGUUUGUUCAUCAGAUCACGGAUGUUUCCUGGCACUCGUUGGUCUCCGGCUACAGGAGUCACGGGCUGGUCAGGGCUCUCGCUGAUCUCGAGUUUGACGGCGAUUACGAGUCAGCACACAAUUUCAUUGAUUCCAUGGGCGAUUUUUUGAUGCUGGGCCAAAUCAUCACGGACUACGCUGUCGACAGCUGGGACUACUACACUGAUCAAGACUGGAAUUUUCCUACUGAGCACGAUCUUUUGGAGCUGAUUCGUCGGUCAGGGGUCACUGACAUGCACUUUUGGGAAGUUAACACUUGUGUGAGGAGGGGAGCAGCUGCUUUAGCUAGCGAAGUGAUUUCUCUGGUCGAGCGUAGAAAGCCAGUCUUGGAGAUUGGUUAUGAUGUGUCACCCCGGGCUCGUGAGCUAAUACAGGACCAUUGGCUUGGUGGCGAAAUGAAUUCGAUAGCAAUGGUGAACAAGUGUCUCCCGAUUUUUCUCUCUCUAUUUGAAAACAACAACGAGUUUUCAGAUGCGGAGCUCGAAACUUUGAUAGAACUUUGCGGCUCAUUGCCCACAGCACGAAAUGCUGCCUCUGCUAAAAGCGUCUCAGUUCAGGUUCACAAUCAGCAAGAUGGCACUUUGUUCCUCUCGCCUUUGACGUCACUCUCUCUGUUUGGGUCGGAUAUUGCAAUCGGCAAGUUUCGCAACAACUUGACCUCACUGGCAAUCAGCGCACCUUUAGAGGAAAAUGAAGGUACUGUGUACGUCAUUCCAUGGCACGAACUGAACGGCCUCGAAACUGCUGCUAGCACUGAAAAACCAGUCAGCACCGCCUACGGCACACGAGUGCAUGCGUAUCCUUUUGAAGGCGUGGACUAUCUUGUGGUAUCUGCUCCUGGGGAAAAUAGCGUUCACUUUUAUGACAAUGGGCAGAAAAUCCUAACGUUGACUGACAACAAGAGCUGGGAAAGACACCAACUGUCAGUAUCACUCAUACAAGAUAUUGACGGAGACAAUAUUCCAGACCUCAUACUUGGAGGUCCACACUAUGGGUUGAAUGAGACUGGGGUGGUCUUGAUUGUUGAAGGUCGCGAGGUUUCGAGACUUCUCCGAGAUCCCGAAGUACACGACAUGGAGCUACAUGAGUUAAGUACUCUGAGUUUGAAAGCGCCGCUUUCUGCAACUUUCCAAAACUUUGGUUCUCAGAUAGUUGUCUCAAGUGGUCACGACAAAGGUGCACUUCUUUACGUUACAGCUCAGGGAUUGGGUGUCAUUUUCGUAUACUCACUUCAAAGCUUGCGCCAGAACGCACUACCUAGGUACUACAUUACUGAUGAUGUUGUCAUCCGGCUAGAGGAGGAUAUUCCGUUAGAUUUGAGCAUCAGAAAAUCCAGCAUACACGGAAUGUUUGGGAAGGAACUGGAAACCUGGCGCUUCGAAAACAGAGGCUUCAUUGGAGUAUCCUGUCAUUUACAGAAUAAGGUCUACCUUUACAAAGAGAGUUUCGGAAGACUGAGACAUUAUGCCACUUUAGUUCUGGACACGUCAAUGGAUCCCAAGACUGUUAAUGCAGCAAUUGAGUUUGGUGCCUCAAUUCAGUACGACGAUACAGAGAAUAGAAUCUUUAUCUCCUCUCCUGGUAUUUUCGAAGGGACUGGGGCAAUUUGGGGAAUCAAAAUGCUUGAAAUACAGCAAUCGGUUGAAAAAUGGAAACUUACGACUAUCCUAGUAACACCUGCGAGGCAUCUGGUCAGUCUGAAUAAAGGUACGUCAGGCAAAGGAAUUCCGGAUUUUGGGAAAAUUAUCAAAAUGGGGCCCGAGGGAAGGCUAAUAGUCGGUGCACCAAGGUAUGGGUACGGGGAUUUCGGUCAUUAUCAGCUAUCAGGAAGCGUAGUGAUAAUAUGA